AUGCCCACGAUGGUAAACAAACCCGGAUAUCCAGAAGAUAGAUUUAUAUUGCACUGGUAUGUGUUGCACACUUUGCCAACUUUCACAUGUAGCGUGGUGGAAAGAGCUUUACUAACUCGAUUAGGCUCGACGACUCGCGCGCUCAAAGAAUACUUUGGUUGUUGGAGAUUCUACAAUUGGACUAUGAAGUCAGGAUAUACUUGAGACACCCUCAGACAUGGCGAGGACCAAUGCAAUUGUUCGAUGUGCACCAGACGGGGAAAUCACCAAUUGUGGAAAUCAUUCACGGCGAUGGCCGCCCACCAAUCAAGAUUGCCGAGUCUGGCUUCAUCAUCCUGUACAUUUUAAGAAACUAUGAUCCCAACUAUAUCCUCACCCCGACUGAUCCAAAUGAGCAAUUGGAAGUUGAAUACUGGCUACAUUACAGCGAGGGCUCAUUGCAGCACCUACAAAUGGCUCUUUUGAUCAACUCGGUGGCUAAACAUAUUGCUCCUCAUGGGCUCAAGAAUAUUGCCAACUUGGUGGCCAAGGGGUUGAAUAACGGAUACUAUGUGCACGAAUGGAGGAUGAACAUGCAAUAUUGCAAUGACAGGUUGGAGCAGAAUGGAACUGGAUUCUUUGUUGGCAACAAGUUGACUGCUGCUGAUAUCAUCUUGAGUUUCCCCAUCUACGAGAACAUCUUUGACAACUUGGAAGGCGUCAAGGACUGCACUCGUGACAAGAGAGAUUUGCGUAAAGUCUGGCCACAUUUGGGUAAAUGGUGCAGAAUGAUCAAGAAUAUCCCCACUUACAAAAAGAUCAACCAAAUGAUGGACGAAGAAGUGGAGGAUUUGAUUGCAUUGAACCCAAAGUUUGACUAUGCGAAACAGGAGAAAUGA